CUACCGUCCGCCAUUAGAGCGAACGCGCGGCGCGUUCAAAUCCCAAAAUAUAACCUAAUAUAGUUUUUCGUGGGGGCCAGUGCGUUGAUCUUGGCUGCCAGUGGCACGGUGCGUCGUACUCCAGUGGUCGUGGUGCGCGCAGUGAAAGUGCUCUGACGUAAACGUUACAUUACACGCCGUAAUGGCGGAUACCGGCCUUUUAGGGAAGCGAUGUCUUCUUGUUUAUGGUAUCGUGUUAAUAUCAUCCACACGUUGUCAAUACCAAGUGCACCACCCGGUCCCUAUCGGAACGUCACAUGACUGGCCAAACCCCAACCUGCAACAAAGGAACCCGCCAUGGCACCAGUUCUCCUCACCACGGAAAAGAUCGCCAAUGCAAACGGAGCCUUACUAUCAAGAGGAUAUAGGUUACAAUCAAGGGUUUGCACACCCGCAAAACUAUGAUAGUCGAUCGUCGUACGAUAUGACAAAUCCAGAAACGAGAGUACCUAAUGAUGGAAGGUUACUUUCCGAGUCAGCAUUUACAAAAAUAUCUGAAACAUUAGGAGCAAUAAAUACAGUAGGACAUUAUUUAGUAGAUAUGGUUAACGAAAAUGAAAGGACUGAAGAAGAUCCUACAUUAAAACAGUUACCACAAGCAAUUUAUACUUUAAGCAAAAACGUAUUAGGUAGGAAUGUAACGGAUAAAAUAGCUCCUAUUGUAAAGAAAGCAUUACCCAAAGUAUUACCAGACGCGCCUAUUACAAAAAUCGCGACUGCAGACGUAGAUAAAAGUGACACGAAAGUUUGUACAACACCUGAAGGAGAGGACGGUAUUUGCGAGGACCUGAGUAACUGUCCACAGCUGUUAUUAAAUUUAGUAAAUCUCCGAGAAUCUUUAUGCUUUAAAGACCUUUUUGUCCCGGGUGUGUGUUGUCCAAGAGAUUCAAUUGUACCAUCGACUCCAUUGAUUGAAAAACCUAUAGUUGCUACGACAAAUAAGCCUACAUAUUUAGUGCCGGUAACAACCCAAAGACCUAAGCCUGCUACAACCAAGAAGCCAUCAGCAGUUUUAGUGUUGACGACCAAGAAACCAAAGCCGGCAACCACGAAAAGACCUGUGGCCUCGACUUCAAGACCGCUCGGUACCACCACGUUCUAUACCGUAGCACCACCAGUUUAUAGCAAUUUUACCAACAUUGUGGAUGUUAACGACUGCGGGCAAAGAGAAGACGAAGGCGGUCGCAUCGUGGGUGGCACGGAGUCCAAAUCCGGCGACUGGCCGUGGAUGGCAGCCAUCUACCUGCACGGCAGCAAGCGCCGUGAGUUCUGGUGCGGCGGGACCCUCGUGGGGAAGAGGCAUGUGCUCACCGCCGCGCAUUGCACAAGAGAUUCGAAGCAGAGGCCUUUCCCAGCCCGUCAGUUCAGCGUCCGCCUCGGAGACGUGGACUUGGCCCGUGAUGACGAACCCUCGCGUCCAUCCACUUUCCGCGUCACGCAGGUGCGGGCGCACGAGCAGUUCUCCAGGGUCGGCUUCUACAAUGAUAUAGCUGUACUGGUGUUGUCAGAUAACGUCCAUAAAUCGAAAUACGUGAUCCCAAUCUGCCUGCCGAGUGGUGACAUCAACCGACAGCACUUCGAAGGAGCUCUAGCGACGGUGGUGGGUUGGGGCACCACCAGGUACGGGGGAGGGGAGAGCUCCCGCCAGCUGGAGGCCAAGCUGCCAGUCUGGAGGAACGAUGAUUGUGAUAGAGCAUACUUCCAGCCCAUCACUGACACGUUCCUGUGCGCUGGAUAUGCGAGGGGCGGCGUUGAUGCUUGCCAGGGCGAUUCAGGAGGUCCUCUCAUGUUGCUGAUCAAUGGAAGAUGGACUCAAAUUGGCGUAGUCUCCUUCGGGAAUAAGUGUGGAGAGCCAGGCUAUCCUGGCGUCUAUACACGAGUGACACACUACAACCACUGGCUCCAACAGAACUUAGUUUAAAUUUACUGUCUACUUGGUUGAAAGUACAUUUGUUAAUUUAAUGGGUACUAGAAAUUAAAAAAUGUAAAUAAGUAUCAAUUGCGUUAAUUGUACCAAUUAAAUAAUGUAGUUAUUUUAGCAAAAUUGGAACACACAAAAAAUUAUUUUCAGGGCUCCAAAGCUACUUAUCUAUUCAAAAUUUUAUACAUAGGAAAAAAUACAUCAUAUUUCUACACUUUUUUAUUUUUUUCGCUGUUUAUUUUUGUGGAUAUUGUUUCACCAAUAUGAAAAUGACAUUAAAAUGGUUGAAUCAGUGGAUCUCCUCCUAACAUACACAUCAUUUUAAUUUUCCACUAUUAGAUACACAAAUUAAACAAGAAUAUUUUGGUAGUUUAAAAAGUUCAGAAAAGACCUAAAAUUGUUAAAUUAUUCGUUAAUCGUUGCAUAUUCCCGCCGGUAACUCGUGCACCAUAUAUAAUAUAUGGAACCAUUGCUCAAGGCCAUUUGCUCGGGGGGGAGCCUUAUCGACUACAUCCUACUUUAAAAACGGCUUAAUUUCAAUGAUAUUUGGUAAAAAAAAAUAAUCGCUUUAUUUACAUCCAUCCUAAAAACUUGUAAAGAGCGUAACGUGAGUUUUAACAUUAUUUAAUUUGUUACAGCUUGAAUUGGUACUUAAUUAGUAAUUAUACAACGCAAACUGUAGAUACUGGUGCUUUCUUAUUUUUAUCAACUCAGUUACCAAGUAGCUACGUAACGUUUUUAUAUUAUAGUUUUUAUACUUUUUCAAAGACUAUUUCUUAGGUGUCUAAAGAAAAUAAUAUGGCCAUUUUAUUUAUUCUAAGUAUUACGAAACACGUAAUUUAUUUUCACUUGAUUUACAUAAAUUCUGCAUAUAAACUAUUGUGAUAAAUCUAAUAACGGACUGUUUAUUUUAAGAUAAUAAAAAUGUAUAAAUUC